CGGAUUUCUUCCUUUUAUUCUUCUCCUCCUUGCCAGUCGGCAUGGCGCGCCUCAAUACCCAUCUGUCGGCCACGCCACAGCCACGCGCCUCGACCGUCGACUCGCUCUAUCGCGACCCCUCUGUAGCGCCUCAGAGCGAGCGCAAUGGGCGCACAUCGUCAUAUUCUGUCAUCAGUCCGACGAGAUCCAUGCAAUCCGAUAAGGAGAACGAAGUGCCCGACACGUACAAAAAUACCCCGCGGAGAGGAAAAGCCAAGGGCCUACGGAGCGCGUCGGCGCGCAUGCCCACGCCGGAUUCAGGCUCGACUGAAGGCCACGGCAGCAAGAGGCGGCGCACGGGGAACUACGACAUGUCCCGCUCCCAAAGAUAUGACGGCGAGCACGAGGCAGACGAAGAGGACGGCAUCGACACACCGUCGCAGUCGCAUCUUCAGCCUGAGCCGGACGAGGAGGGCGACCUGAGAUUCUAUAACCCAAAUCAAGACCCGGAAAAGCGAAGGCGGUUGCGCGCGACUAUGCGGGAUCACCAGCGCAUGCUGGACGAUAAUCGUGAUGACCUUAUCAAAUCUCGCGACAGUGGCCUGCUCGAUGCCCUCAGGACCCAAAAUAGUCUGUUCGGCAAGGUGCGACAAACAGCCGAUGCUACUGUGGACUCUCGCUUCUUGGUCAACGCAAGUGAUCUCGCAGGCAAAAAGCUCAAUAAUGCUUUGGGCAAUUCCGGAGUAGGCAUUGAUCUCGACCAAUUUGUUUCUAAAUGCAUAUACUUUAUGAAAUCGGGAGGCUAUGUAGCGGGCGAAGAAAACGCACCGACAAUACCAGUGGGCGACGAUGACGACGAUGACCCGGACGGUCUUGACUGGGGAUUGUUAGGUCGCAAGGCCUGCUUUCCCUGUAACAAGCGACCACCUACAGCAAGUUUUCUUCUCGGACCACUAUCCGUACAGAAACGCGUUCGCGCAACGCAGCGGAAAGCUCGGUCUCAGGCGCAAGCACCCGGUCCCGUCACUCGCCCGCAAGAGAUUAAAGAAGGCGACAUUCAGCAGAACGAAAACAACAACCUCUCCAACCUUGUCAAGGGCAUUCGCAAGCGCCUGAUUGACCAUACUAGCCAGGGUGCAGAUCGUGUAGAGAGCGAACUUAGCGAAAUACCAGAGAGCGACUUGGACGAAGAGGCCCAGGCUGCUGCUUUUCGUCGCCACAGAAUGGCAAUGACGACAGACGGAGAGCCUGCUGUUGACCUACUUGAUUUUGCCAUCAAUCCACAUGACUUUGGCCAGACGGUCGAGAACCUGUUCUACAUCAGCUUCCUGGUACGAGAGGGCAAUGCAAAGAUUGUCAAGGAUCAGGACGGCCUCCCGCUACUUGUACCGGCAGCCCCCCGUGGCGUCUCAGAGCAACGAGAAGAGAAUGUCCAGAAACACCAAGCUGUCUUUAGUCUCGACUACCCUACCUGGCAAAUUUUCAUUGAUGCUUUCAAUAUCAAAGAGCCACUGAUACCGCACCGGGAAAAUGAAGAGGCGAAUGUCGGCUCAACUGGUUGGUACAACGGGUAGCCGUCAUUUUUUGGGGCUACGUGAUGGCCUCGAUCAGUUUUCUCAGCUUCCUUCCAGUCGCCUCACGUUGCGACAUGACGUUGCGCUUUUUUAUGCUUUUAUGCUGCCUUACGUUCUUACGGUCUCGCCUUUCCCCCAGGCGUGCCUCUCGACUCGCAAGGAUCAUGCGCGUAACGCGUGAUCGUUGGGACAACUGGUCGCCCUCAUUUUCAUGCUUAUCUAGCGGCUUCUCCGGCAUUGUCAUGUUUCCUAGUUCGAGUACGCGAUACCCAAGACUUUU